GUUGAGGUAAAACGCCCUCCGAACAGCGAGAUAUGGAAGAAAAAAAGUAUGCGUGACAUUCGGACCCUUUUUGGAGGGGUCAUUUAAUUGCUAACCCUACCAAGUGGGAGAGUCCUAAGGGCGAGCCAGCGAACGUAUGUGUGUUUUGACGAACACUGUGAGCACUUUUUAGGUGGACGCUCUAAAGUUUUCCACAUUCAAUAUGGCAAGCUCGUAGACGUAUAUGAUAGCCGUGCACGCUGCUAGAUGCGAGAUCUAUUUCCUUUUGAGGUGCAUUGGCGCCACGGCGAAAAUGGCGGCGGUCCGGAAGUGUCUACAAUGCUCGCUGACGUUAACUUGACCUUAGCAUUAGCUUCGGACGGCAGGGCCGUCAUAAUAUACGAGUUAAUAUGUUGUUGUGCGCUUGCUCUUCGCGUUUCCUCCGGGUGGCUUUGGCCUCGCUCUCGCCAGAGAGGACAAGUGUGAAAAGUUUGUCCUGCGGACGGCAGCUGUCUCGAACUAAAACAGGUGCUGACCGCUGCCGGCCACUAGAGGGCGUCAGAGUGUUGGACCUGACCCGCGUCCUGGCCGGGCCCUUCGCCACCAUGCUGCUGGGAGACCUGGGAGCCGAAGUCAUCAAAGUGGAGAAACCAGGCGCGGGCGACGACACCCGGGCGUGGGGCCCCCCCUUCGUGGGCUCGGAGAGCGUCUACUUCCUCAGCGUCAACCGCAACAAAAAAAGCAUCGCCGUGGACCUCAAACAUCCCCGAGGAGCACAAGUCGUCCAGGAGCUGGCGGGCGUGUGCGACGUGCUGAUGGAGAACUUCCUGCCGGGCAAACUGUCUGUGAUGGGUCUGGGGUACCGGGAGCUCAGCGAACGGAACCCGGGGCUCAUCUACUGCUCCAUUUCAGGUUACGGACAAACGGGGCCUCAAAGUCAAAGCCCGGGUUACGACUCCAUUGCCUCAGCUGUGUCCGGGAUGAUGCACAUCACGGGGUCAGAGGACGGAGGGCCGGUCCGCCCCGGCGUGGCCAUGACGGACCUGGCGACCGGCCUGUACGCCCACGGCGCCGUGUUGGCGGCCCUGCUGCAGCGCCGCCGCACCGGCGCGGGUGCGCACGUGGACUGUGACCUGCUGUCCUCUCAGGUUUCGUGUCUCAGCCACGUCGCCGCCAACUUCUUGAACGGCGGCAAGGAGGCCAGACGCUUGGGGACGGCCCACGAAAGCAUCGUGCCCUACCAGGGCUUCCAAACCAGAGACGGCCAAGUGGUGGUCGCCGCGGUCAACGACCAGCAGUUUGCCCGAAUGUGUCGGGUUUUGGGGCUUCCGGAGCUCAGCCGGCAGCCUCGGUACUCGACCAACAAGCUCCGGGUCCAAAACCGCCGACAGCUGGUCCACACGCUGACGCAGAGGUUUGUGCAAGAGACGACGGCCGAUUGGCUGAGACGCUUCGAAGGCUCAGGCGUUCCUAGCGGACCGAUCAACAGCAUCCGCCAGGCCUUCGCUGACCCGCAGCCAGCGGCGCUUCUGGACUACGGGGGGAUGGACUUUGUGGUCCAAGAAGAAGAAGUGUUGUAACAGCUGGAUUCAAGUGAAAACACGAGAGGCUUACGUGGCUGAUCCCGCUCCUUCAGUUGCCAUGCUGAUGACCCUGCGCUGCCAGAAUCCACAACGCGGCUCCGGGUCACCAGUUCGCUGACACGUGCGCUCGACAGAGGACGUGACGUAAGGAGAUACCGACUCAGUGGAAAGAAGCCGACGGACGCUCGAGAGGUGCCGCCGGUCGUCUGCAGGCCCCCCCUGACCCAAACGGACUCCGACGGAGGUGGCAGCGCGUAGUUUCUUGUGGAACAAAAGUAGAAGCGCUGAUUCAGCCUUUCUUUACUUCAACAAAGUUGGAAAAAAACCCAUCAUCAAAGGCAAGAACCCGCAAAUCCCAUUCGGACAUCACGACGAUGACAUUCUCGAAACGGGCGCAACAGAAAAUCUCAGUCCAUACGCGAGCUGUUUUCUUCCCCACCUCCUCCUCUACGUGGAUGACAACGAGGCGCUCCAAAGUGGAAGGUCUUUUCAGGCAGUAGGGACCGGUAGCUACCUCCGUUCCGUUCCGUUCCGUUCCGUUCCUAACGACCGGCAGUUCGGGUUGGACUCAGUCU